AUGACUAUGCGGCUAGGUGCCGAAGCUGGAGGGGGGCAGACUGUUGUUCGAGAAGAUGCUGGUCCUGAUCACUGCAAUAUCGAGAAGAAAUAUUCAAAAAAACUACUACAAGAACAAAAUGGUAUUAAGGGUACAUUCUUAAAAAAGGUGCUUUUGUUUCCGUUUGUUAUGGCUCUCUCCCUUAGGUGGGGACAGCCCGAUCUCCUAAGGGGUAAGUACCCGAUAGCCUCUCUCCCUUAGGUGGGGACAGCCAUUGGCUCUCCUAAGGGGGACCCGAUAGCCAUAACAAGCGGGAGAAACGAACACCAAAAGCCUACCACCUCUAAUGGUAAUGCAGCUAUCGCAUCUUCAGAUGCAUCCUCUUCAGCAACGUCACAAUCGUCCCUGGCUUCUAGUCAAGAAAGCAACAAGUCAUCUCCUCUACAGCGACGCAUGACACGAUCUGCAGACACGUGCACAGCGUCAAAAGUAGAUCUACUUCGACGAGACAAAAAAAACGUCGAGAGUGUUGGUGUCGUAGAUUCAUCUACUUCAUCACUACAAGAACGACAACAAGAGGGCAACUACAAAGAUUAUAGAAUUAGUCAAAGCAGUAUCUGUAUCACCUCGGAAGAUACAAUUACAAGGAAUAGUACAAAAAUUGGAGAUGAAGCAGAGGUGGUACUAGUAGAUGAACCUACUACAUUCGAGGAGCACCAGAAAUACGUCCGCAGUAUGUUCGUGACAACAUCAGAAGAGUCCUCGGAGGCAUCCUCCGACCCUUUGCCAACUGCGCCUCUACGUGGAGUCAGACUAGGAUCUCCGAUAGAGGUACACCUUCUUCAGCUGGACCAGAAAACAAAAAAAAAUAGUCUAUCUUGAAGAUUAUGAAAAAUAUUUAUAAGGCAAAAUGAAAACAAGUAACAUCACCACGACGACGACCUUUGCAUUUGCUCUUCCAUCUUUACUUCUCUCUCCUACAACGACACUUUAUUUCUCGCCAGGUCCCCCUCCACGAAAUGGAGAAUUGUCGGGUUUUGUAUGGACAACGGGCAGUUUUUCUGCACGUUUACGACUUGGAUGACAUGACGGCAAAGGUGAAUAGAGUAGCCAUGAGUCUUGCGAAUGCAGGAAUCUUUCAUGUGGGGGUAGAAGUAUACGAGGACGAGUGGUAUUUUCGACAGAGCAACUACGAAAAUGAGACGGGUACUUACGCUUACUCUAUUACUUCUAAUUACUUGGUUAGUAGAAAACUUAAACUGCUGGUAAUAGUAUAUGCUUUACUGAUAAAAAUCAUUUUCUUGUUCUGGUUUUUGUUUUUCCUAGUUAGGUGCUCCACCACAGCAAUCUAUUACUUCUGAUUACUACGGAUUUCAUUUUCAUAUUCAUUGGGCUACAACCGUUGCGUUGACUAUCAGUUAUAGCACUUGCCCUCCUGCAGUCUUUGUGGAUGCAUACAACCCUUCUCUCAUGUCAUUUGCCAGUUGCGCACAGGUAUCAGCCGCAUGAAGCCAAUGUCACGUACUACAGGUAUCAGCCGCAUGAAGCCGAUGUCACAUACGUGUCAUGCGUAUAGGCAAUCGUUUUACAUGGGCGAAUCAGCCCUUGAUCAAGCGGAAUACUGUUAUGAAAAACUUAGAAGCGUUGAGUUUUGUUCUUGAUUCUUACAAAGAAUUUGUUUUAGUUGUUGUGAGUGUUUUGUAGGGAGAGCGCUUGCGCCGCAGAGGGAGUUCAGCAGAAAAAAAUUUGUCCGCUGACUUGUAUCACAUUUUUGCAAACAUCAUAGACCAUUCUUUUUUUCAUUCGUUGCGAUUGCUUGUGAAGCUGAAGGGGGAAUGGCGUGGAACCGACUACAAUCUACUGACGAAGAAUUGCCAGGAUUUUGCAGUCUUGCUAUGCCAGUUGCUCGAAGUGGCUCCAGUGCCGGACUUUGUCACAAAGCUUCCACGAUUUAUCAAUAGAAAUCUCGCUAUUGCAGACGACGAGCAGCAGUCGAAUAGUACAUCCUCGUCUGCCGCGACAAGAAGCCAUACAACAACUACAGUUGCAAGAACAUCACAUCAGCGAGGCCUCCAGCAUCGAGGCUCACCCACACAGGGAGGUUGCCCUAGAGGCGUUUCGGCACCUAGCGGAACGCCAAAAUGGUACAACAGUGGGAGACGAACCAGUUCAGCCAGUGGAGCAAGUGCGAAGUCAGGAACAACUACCACGCCAAAACAUCAUAGCAGUUCUUUAGCGGGGACGCCUACAUCAUCUGCAAAGAACAAACUGACGAGGGUGUCAACCAACUGUAUCUCUGGGUCGCCAAAGAGGAAGUUCGCGCGCAUUCAUCAGAACGAAGCAACGUCGAGGGGAGGCUUGAGCUUGACGUCUCCACUUCUUAAUGGUAAUGACGCAGGAGCUAGAAUUUCCGGUUUUCCACGAAGCUCCGGCAUCUAUCUAAGACAGGUCUCUGUUGUAUGCUGCAGAGCACUUCGGUCUGUUAUCUGAUUGUUUUCCUUUGUCGCUUUAUAAUAAUGUUCAUAAGAAUAAGAGUACACUAGAUCUAGCUUCAUCUCUUGAUGUCCGCUCUGGUCCGUCAAUGUUUUCACAAUGAGUCCCGGUUGAUGUAGUUCUACUCUCUCUUUCAUACCGCUCACCGUGCGCAACUGGCGAUCCACAUCAGGCGCUUGGCGCUGCCUCUACAACAGUGGACAACGCUUUUGACCGAGAUAGUUCUUUCUCCUUGCCGACUUUCAUCCGAGUGCCUGACCAGCUACAACUAGAUGCCGGAGGACGUCGGAUGACGUUAGGCGGCUCCUCUUCUUCAUCGAGGACGUCCUCUUCUGACACACAGUGUCACGGCAAGAAAAGUGAAACUACCGCAAAAACAAGUCGCAGAUCAUCUAAUGUAAGAAGUGCUCGUCUUCAUUGUUGUUCCUCGUCAGUAGACGGAGCUGAUGCUGAUGCUAGGUCAAGGAGGUCUGGAUCUGGUCACUCUUCUUCUACCGUAUUUGAACAGUCGUCUGAGGAACCUGAAGGAUCCUACUUCGGAGGUAGCGUCGAGACUUCAGACUCCAACUCAGCCGCUGCGGCAAAGACAGAAAUGAACCAUGAUGUUGGCAAUACUACGACCAGUUCUACUACACCUCGUCAAGCGGCCGUGAUGAACAUGUCAAUCACUACCUGUAGAGGUAGGAGUGACCACAAGGGAGGGAAGGUUCGCCGGAAGAAGGAUGGUCUAGAAGAAAGUGAGCAUAGUUCCGCAGAAGACUUUGCGCGGCAACUACUGCAAAAUCCUCUUCUUUCUUCUUCGAGGACGCCGCCUAGUGCGGCAAUUGAUUCUCACGGCGCAGCAGUCUCACGAAGUCAAGCUAAGGGAUCAAACAAGCCGCCAUUUUCUUCUAGCACUCCUACUUCGUUUAUGAAGAAAGCGGCUAGUACACCUACAAGCUUCGGCACAAAUUCUUCUUCUGCGCGAAUCAUCUCUGCUAAGGGACGAAGCUUUUCAGCUAGGACACCGAUAGCCAGUGGCCCGUCUUCUAGAAGUAGGCUGCUGCGGUCGGAGCAGGAUGACAGAGCGGCGUCAUGUGUGUCCGCUCGUGAGAGUGUAGCAUCUUCAGCGGGAACGGGGGUCAUGCAUCAGAUCACCGACUUUUUUCGCCGAUCCUUUUCUUCGUCAGCAGUGAGUGAUGGACGGACUGAGGCGCGGAAAACCUUCACUGCGGCUGCUGCAGAGAACUCCUCAGAAGUUUCGUCUUCGUGCCACGGCGCAACACCACUAAACAACGGCCCUGUCAUUCAUCCACCUCGACCUCGAGGCACAGGCGCAGCGCGUUCUGCUCAGUUACCUCCAGGUGGAGAUGUUGUAACGCGAACGACAGCGACCCAUGCCAGUUCAUCUCUUCCUCUCGGUGGUAGAAGUACAACUACAGGGACUGAUAUAGGAGCCGGUGCCAGCCUUCCUCUCGGUGGUAGAAGUACAAGUACAACUACAGGGACUUCUUCUAAUAUACCAGCAGGCGGUGCGGCCAGCGAGGUAAUGUUGAUGAACCAACAUGGGUGCACAAUCCGUCUUCCAGUCGGACGUGAGGCUAUUUUCGCGGACGACGAUGAGUGCCCCUAUGUGAGCUCAAGUCCCUUAGGUCGAGGACACACGUCACGUGCCAAAUCGUGUUUGCCACCUGGAUUUGCAAAGCCGCACUUUGAUGAAGACCUGGAGAACAAUGCAUCGAAUGGGGAAGUAUUCGGAGGUGGAGGAGCGGUCUCUGGUGCUUCGGGCGGACUCUCAGCGUCAGCAAAUGGCGCCCGAAGCAGUUUAGGAGCAUCAUCGAGCACGAGUCGCGCACGAGAGGGAAUAGUAGGAGACCCAACAGCGGUAGACUCAGAGCAGGACCUGAGUGACGUAGGUCCGCCUUCUGGCAAGGUUAGUCCUUAUCAACCAAGGAUGGCGAUGGUCGAGCACUCGGCGAGCUUACAACCUGGUACUUGCGUUAUGCAGCGUAGCGCGUGCCCGUCACCAAGCUUCGGCCAGAACGAGGCUACACUUAUCUCGACGAACGAGGACACUAAGAUGUUGAGCAACGACCGUUCAACCACGCUGAUACACCUUCAGCAGCACCAGCAAGAACAUCAGCUUCCACCGGUGACUCCAGUUUCUUCGGCUAGUGGCAACACAUCAGCACGGCACCAUCAGGCACUGCAUGCCGCCUCUCCCGGAGCGGACAUCAAAUUGAAGCUAUUUGGCCGGAGCAUGGACGAUAACAGCACUACGGCUGAUGGCUCAAAAGACGCACUGUCAGAUGACGAGACGAGCCCACGCACGCGCACCAGUAGUCGCAGUUACUGGACCGCGCUGGCGAACAACAUCUCCGCAACUUCAAUUGUGACAAACAAUAACAACAUGACGUCGACGGCUAUCAUGACGAAUGUAGUAACGGGAGCUGCUGGAGCAGGACCGACUGGUGCCGCAUCGUUGAACAAUGUCAUGACCUGCAGUGGUACAACUUCUACUGCAUCUCGCCGCACUGGAGGCAAGAGCCGACAGCUAGGCUCUUCAGUAACCACCAGCCCUGCCAAAUCGACUGACGAUAAUGAUCUAGUACCUGAGAUGAAUGGGGAUGUGGUUUUAGUUCCGCAUCCACCGCAAAUUCACCCCAGUGUGCAGAGCUAUAUCAGGUACUCUUUCUCUUGCAUUUUGGUUUUUUCUUUUCUUCAUUAAUUCGUAGUAAAAAGAGAAUUGGAAGAUGCUGAGUAGAUGAAGAUACAAUUACAAACGUCAUCCGCUUCCAGUAGGAAGAUUAUAAACCUUCAAACCGAUUAAAUUUAUACAAAAAAGGCACCCCGGAAUGCGCGCCGUCGCCGGAGAACAAAAGCUGCCACGAGAAUCCGCUUUUGGCGAAGAUUUUCUGCCAAAUCCGUUCGAAAGAAGUUCAGCGUCGCGUUACUACGCGACACCAAACACAGCUAGACCCACACCAGCCGCUACAGUUUCUAUCCAUACUUCUAUAACCAGUACAACUACUGGUUCCGGUUGUAGCAAUACGGCAGCUAGAAAAACUACAAAAGCUUGCUCUCCUGAGGAUGUUGGCUUUGCAGAGGAUCAGGGACGGAGCGAACUACUACACCCAGCAGCAUCAAGAAAGCUCUUAAAGACGCAGAUGAUGCUGCAGCAAAGCUCCAAGAGCCUCCAGAACUACCAGCACCCACAGCAGCCAGUAGUUAUCUCGACGGCAGUCAUUAUGACAUAAUUGUUAAUGUGCACUAUUAGUGAUAGAAGCUAUAGAUACUGUAUUCGUAUGUUAUUCGUUAGAAUUACUAGAAAAGUAACACGACUGGUAGUCCUAGUAUAGAUGCUUGCGUUUUGAGGUGUUGAAGUAGAAAGAUCACCGAAAGUUGAAAAGUAGACCUAGACCACCUCUUCUAACUUUUGAAGUCACGCGAACCGUGGGAGUUACAAGAUUGACAAUACUGUACGUGACCGUCCGGUAAUCGAUCUUGACGCGCCUACGGUUGCGGACGCUUCGCCCGAGACGUUUGCGACUACUCUACUAAGGGCAGCUAUAGAUGAAGACGAUGAGGUGGACGUAGCGGGAGGAGUUGUGUUUACUUCAGAAGAAGUAGGUGCGGGAAAGGAUGAGCAUCAAGAACAAGCAGGUGGUGUCCGAGAAGGAGAACACUCGACAGGUCGUGGAGCUCCUCAACUUAGGCUGCAUCCCUUCGUAGAUGCAGACCAUGAGGGGUCUCAGCAUCAACAUGAUGUCGUUGACCGCAGUUCUUCAGCCCAGACAAGCUGUUUCACAACUGACCACGAGGUUAAAAAUGCUAUGGUCUCAGCAGAGGGAGAGGGUGCUUGCGCCGCUAGCGCAGUGCCGGAGAUUGCAUCACUAGCUGGUCUUCAAAACAGCAAUAGGUUCUUGCGGGAGCUUCCGACCUACGGCCCGCCGUGUGAUUUCACGAACUAUGUGAAUUACACGAGCGCGGAGCAGGACGGCGACAACGAAAUUUACGACAGCAGUCUCAUCUACAGAGACUUGAGCCACCUACAAGAACAACAGCAGACCACGACGUCGUGUAUGCUAUCGUUACGACCCCAAUCAGAACUAGUACAACUAAGGAACUCAUGUGCAAUGACUCAAGCAGGCGGAGGUGCAGGAUCCGUGCACCGUGUCAGGGCCGUGCAGGCUGGACAACAAGGCCAUGAUGCAACUGCGCUUCAAGACCGUGUUACUGACGUGCGGACGCCACGAGCCUCUGGAGAGAGACUAACAGUAACAACUAGCACUCAGUCAUGCAGCUCACCCACGACCGUAGAACCGGUGACGAGCGCGUUUUCUGUUGUAGGCGUGUCAAAUCCCUCCGGAGGAAGUGCUACCUCCACGGCUCCUAAGAACGGCUUUGGAAAUGCUACGACUCAUGCUAUUAACGGAGGUCAAGAACCUCAGCACGAAGACCCGCAUCUUCACCAGCACAUUUUUCUGAAGCAAGAACAGACGCCGCAGAAGACGAAACAGGCUUCACCUGCCAGCAGGACCACGACCGCGUCGUCAACAAAGAGGGGAGCGACGGCCACGUCUACGUGCACUGGAGCGAGCGAGACUAGCUCCAGCCGAGGCGACGCGAGUAGUACUGUCGGCUCCCUGGAUUGGGAUUGGCAGGAUAUGCAGGCUUUGCGUUCACCGCUGCCGAUGAUUCACGAGGAAAGCGAGCCUAGCAGCGAACAGGAACAACAGUACCUUUUAUGCGGGAGAGGGCCGUCGUCGAGCCUGCAACAACAAAUAUCCACUGCUGGUGCUGGAAGUACGACAGGGCGAACAGCUGGAGGUAUACAAAUUCACCUCGGAGGGGCUGGGAACAGGGCCAGUGGGCAUACUCCUUCGGCGAGCAACAUCAAUCUUCUUUCAUCUGGAAGUGGAGCAACUCAUCAUCUUCAGAGUCAACACCAGACAACCUUCGCGAGAAACAACAACAUGAAGAAUUCAUCGGCCGGUGCGACGAGGAGUGCCUUCUUCGGAGUGGAAUACGAAGAAGAUAAGAUUAAUUCUUCGGUGGGUAAGAAGAACCAUAGUGGGGGCAUGGAGCAGAGGCAGACUCUAAAGAACGGACGGUUUGUAGAAGUCGUUGAUGACGACGGCCUCGCUUUCGAGGGCACCCCUCAAUCGCGUAACAGGGUGCAGCAGGGCAUAUCUGUAGGAGUGCCCACUUUCUUUGGUCAGGCUGCUAGAGGUCCUUCUAGUACGACCGAUGCCAGCAAGGGAGCAAGCAGCUGCACUGGAGCUCCAACAACUAGUGGUUUCAAGACAACUCCGACGAACGCUGCCUGGCAGAGUAGAGCGCCACGGCGUGUGGUUAGUAGAACUGCACGACGAGGACGAGCAGGAGGUGCACCAGGCGCACCAGGAGCGGCCGCGUGCAAUCGGGAACAGGAUGCUGAUCAUGGAGAUGUUUCCUCCGACGAGGUCCUGGAGCUCGACGAAGGAGAGCACCUGCUCCUCUCUCCGCGGGAUGAAAAAGACAAUCAUGCUAGUGGAAAAGGAAAUGCAUCAUUCACUUCUACCAAGAAGAAUUCCAAAAAUUCCAAUGGCGUCGCUGGUAGUACUAGUUCAUCUAGUUCUGCUGGUUAUCAACAGAGGACUAGUACUUCAGGUGCGCCAGCUGGUUCGCUUCAACAAAGAGACGCAGAAAAUCUAGACAGAAUCCGCGAACAGUGCUGCACACCGCGACUUCUGGAAUAUCUUCGAGGACGAGGAGGUGCCUCGACAACUUCCGUAAACUCGAGUUCUAAUCUCCAUGCAGUUCUACCAAGGCCACGACGUGUACUAGAUCCUCCUGAUGAAGACGAGGAUGAAGUAGAUGUUGUUCGAGAUUCUCCAAGAAGUGCAACUACAACACCAUCCUCACGAGUUGUGAGUGGAGGCUCAACACUACAUCAGCUACAACUAGCACAAGAAGAGGAGGAGCAUCUGCAUCCAACGACUUCUAGCGUGGUGAAAUCUACUGUUCAGUACCUUCUGGGGGCUAGAACGAUGACAAGUGUGGAAACGGCACAUCAGAAGCAGAACACGGCAUGCACCUGGCGUAGGAACGCGAUUGUAUCGACCGUUGCAGAGCAAAGAGGCAGCAAGCCAAGGCUCUCAACUGCUCCCGAAUGCGCGAGCUUUCUAUAGGGGAAGAUUUGAGCAGCUUGAAGUAUUACAGUUCCUGACUGCUCGUCGGGAGUCUCUUUCUGCUUUCUCUUCGUAUUUUCUUCCAUUGUAAGUAAGUACCUAGUACUACAUCACAAUUCACUGCUCUCGUCUCUUGCAUCUUCCACCUUGUUACAAAUACUUACUUAUGUUACUCUCUAACAGCACUAAGACUACCUCCUGGCACAGGUCGGACUAGAAUCAUGACCUCCUACCUUAUAGUUCUUGACGUUAAUCCAAAAAAACUCAGGUUGUGUUCGAUGUUUGGUGCUGGUUUCCUUUCUCUCUCCGUUAUUGAAGAUUCACUCAUUGGGCAAUACCAAUAAACGACGACGAAAUUAUAACUCACUUUCCUUCGAGCGCGAAGGUACUUUAUCAACAUUGCAUGCACAACAUGUACUGUAUAUCCUAUAAGAGUAAGGGAUUCAAAUCCUAGGGAGGUAGGAAGAUGUAGAAGAUCAUAGACAUGAUACGACCAUCAACAAAAUUCAGGUUCUUAUCGCUCCUGCGUAAAGUUUCUAGACGGUUGCGACGUACAUUACUGUUUCUUUUGGCAAACUUUGAAAGUGAGGCUCUUGGCGAAGAUGCAUUUUAUCCUUGAUGGCGAUCGACGGUUCUGCGAAAGGGGAGGUGAGAAAGAUUGAUGCAGCCUCGUGCUAGGUUCUUGUUUGUUAUCUCAACAUGCUUCCAAUUUCAUAUCGUAUUUUCUUUUCUUAAUUUCAAUCACAUCAAAUAUGAAAACAUUUUAGUAGAUGCUUGCUCAAGAAGCCUUUUACUUACAACAGUGUGAUUUGCUUAAUACAACUAAAAUUCGUUCUCAUGACAUCCUCGAAGUUCUUCUAGCAAGAAGACUCACGAGGCGGACUAAAAAACUUCAAUUUGAUAUUCAAAGAUGACAAUAUUAUGUGAACAUUCGAUUUACAGAAGAACCAAAAGAUAAAUACUUAAACCUGAUGCUUCGUCAAAAAUAAAAUAAGAUAAAUCAGGUGCUGUCGUGAUUGUGUCAUGCAAAUCUUUUUUUUUUCAUCUUUCUUGUAUACAACGAUUGGCAAUUAUAUUCAGGACAUCAAAACAGAUGAAUAACAGAUGAAUACUUACUUUGACAACAACAUCAAUCUACUAAAUUCUCCUAGACAUCAACAAGAUCAAGAACUUCAAAAAAAGCACCACUCGUCUCCUUGAAGAUACAAGGUGAUCGAGUUGAAGGAAGCAAGAAUUUCAUCUUACAUCGAUCGGGUAUAACAAUAAAAUUAUAAUAUUAACAACGGAGAUUAUCAGAUUUGUUACUUCUACAGCAAUUUCGAAGAAUUUCAAACUAAGAUCAAGAAUAAGAGCAACAGAAGUCAUUUAAUUAUAACGAGUGUCAGUACAGUAUGAUAAAACAAGAUGUCGCUCAUGUCGUUCAUUGUGACUACGUUUAUGAGGAGCUAUUCACUUACUGUGAAAGUGAAUAUUCAAAAAUUUUCUACCAAAAAUUGAUGCAUGUAUAAUAUGAAUACUUAAUAUCUUCUCUUGCUUCUAGUUGUGCGACGGCUCAACAUGAUCUUAAGCUUAACUACUCACAUAUUAUCGGCCACGACCACGACCAGAUAAAGGAGCACAAUCCUCCAUUUAUCUCUACCCUAUAAUUGUCAUUGAUGAAUUCUUGUUAUUAUUAUUACUUCAAGAUGUAUGACUAUGAAUACUUAUAACUUGUGGGCCUGUUCGUGUUCUUGCGCCGGCAGCCUUCGAUUUAUCGACCACGACUUAUCAACGAGGAGCUGCUAGUGGCGGGUGAAACAUGAAUCAUGCACAAUCAAGGCAUGUUGAGGCUGACCAAAGGAGGAUUUCUGAAGGAUGAAGACGAGUCAGAAGAUCGGCGGGUUAAGAAUUAAAUUCUCAACUCGAGCUCAAAGGAUCGCAGGAGGUGCAUCGAUGACUUGUUUCUUCAUUGAUAACUAGAACAAAUACCACCGGCAAUGCGCUUCGAAUAUGCCCCUUCUUGUGCCACCACGACACCGCAACUGAAGUACAAGUAUGGUGUAUGUGCUAGGUCGUAGACAUGAUUCGUCGUUUGUGCGUCUGUAGUCGUAGAAUCGAGACUGCUUCUAUUUGCAGUGGCCAUAAAAUAAAUGCAGUGCUGGUGCUAUACCGAGGAGUCGGACGGCACGCUAUAAUACUGCUAAUCCAAGUCGUACACCUUAGUAGAAGGUGCGUGUAAUGAUGUCAUGUGCAAUGACCAACCGAGCUCGCUAGAUAAAUACUUCAACAUUGUUGUAACUCUUGAUGAUCCAUUCUUGAUGAUCCAUCUUUGGAAUCUGAAGUAGCAGAUCAUCAAAAAUUAACUCGCGUCACCAGUUAGGUAAAUCCAAGAUGAGAAGAAAUUACUUUCUACUCGCA